AUGGACCCAGACUCUCUACCAAACUUCGCUGUGCCUGUUCAGCCCAUCCAAUUCGCUACUCCCAACGAUUCUCAUGCUGCUUCUACGCAAAACAGCCAGUCAGCCCCAGCGGUAUCAGCCUACGCUGACCCAACCGAUUCCUCAUUGACCCUGCAGAAUGGCAACAGCCCUGCUCAAAGAAGAAGUCAAAGUAUCACGUCUAAGAACCCUGAUGGAACUCCUUCCACCAGUCGAAGUCCACAGUCGACUCGGAAGGUUCAGAGACGCGCGUCGCAAUCUCAUACACAACAGCCUGCAGCAACACCAUCGAGGACCGCGAGCGUCGCAACAACAGCUUCAAACCCUCAGCCGGAAGAUUACUCAAUCACACAGGCUGCUGCGAAUCUCCUUACCCAGCCAAGUGCGUCCCAAUCUCUCUACAACAACCUAAGCUCUACAGGAAGCAGUCUAGUCUGGAAGAACUCUACCUCGACUUUUCCCAAUGGCACUCCUCGUCAAGCAUCCAAGCAGACUUCAGUCUACACUACGCCUCAGGGUCUGAUCCACUCCGACCCGUGGUCUGCACGCCAUCAUGAACGACACAACACCCCAGGCAGUGCGGGCAACAACCUCGGCGACGAGGAAGUCGCUGUCGCCGCCAAUCCGUUCAGUGAUACAUUCCCCCUCAUGACCAACCCGCCCAAUCUACAAGAAUGGCGUGAGAAACUCUUCAACGUCACCGAUACUCUCGUUUUAUCUGAAGAAGAAUACUUAACCUAUUUUCCACACGUUGACAAUGUCUACUCCCAUCGCUCGACCCAAAAAUAUAAGCGCAAGCCCUUCGUGUCGCAUUACUGGGACUGUCGACUCAAAGGCCGUCCUAGUGGUACACCCAAGAGCGACGACCCAAACAAGAAGAAGCGCAAGCGCCAGGCCCGCGAACGGGAUCUAUGUGAUGUAAAGAUCAAAGUUACGGAGUACUGUUCAGUCGAGGAGGCACGGAAGCAAGGAUUGGUGCAAGCUAGCCCCAGUGAGAUGCCAUCGCUGUACAACGGAAAUAUCAACCCCGAGCUCCUAGGUGAGGCAGGUGCCGCCCUCUCCUCGUUACAGAACAGUGGUAUCGGCGAUGAGAGCGAAUUGACCAUCAUUCAAGAAGAUGGCAGUAACAAUCCGACCAACCCGGUCAGCGACCAAAGCUACGGUUUGCUGGAACUGCCUCCUCGUUACCCGAAGGGUCAUCCCGGUGCCGAGGGAAAGCGAUGGUUCACGAUCCAGCGCGUCCGUGGAAAUCCAGGUGGUGGUGCGGUCAGCGAGUUAAAGCGAUCAGAGGGACUGGGUAGUGGUGAUGUGAAUGAGAGCGCCAUGGAUGAGGAAGGAGAUUCGACCAUGUUGGGUCCUAGUCUCGCUAUGGACUUGGAUCACAAGCAUACCCUCGAGGAGAGUGACCGAAUCAAGAAAAACACCGUGCAAAGAUGGUUAUUGAAGGAGGAGAAGGAGAGGAAGCGGUUAAGUAAAAUCACACCUACCGCACCGCCCACUACCGGCAGCACCACUACAAACCCGACUGCCAACCCUCCAAGAUCUGGCGAGUCGCAAUCCCCGACCUUCCGCGCCAGCGGGAUGGCAUUCUUCACAGCGCGUUCACACGCAAGCCCUGCAUCGUCGAAGAUCACGUUCUUCGCCAAUAGCUUUUGUCCGUUCGCUCAGCGAGUCUGGAUCGCCCUCGAGAUCAAGGGUAUCCCCUACCAAAUGGUGGAAGUUAUGCCGCCCCAUCUGGAAAACUACAAUCCUCCCGAUAUGCUUGAGGUUAACCCUGGAGCAAGCAUACCCUGCAUCCGUCAUGGCAAUUGGGGUGUCUGGGAAAGUGGUGUUAUCAUGGAGUACCUCGAGGACCUGGCUAUGGGUCAUAAUUUGCUCCCUCUAGGGAACCCACAACUGCGCGCCCACUGUAGGCUGUGGACCGACCACAUCAACCGCAAAAUUCUGCCAAGUUUCUAUUCCUUACUGCUCACCCCGCCUCCCAGCCCACAGAGUCAACUGGACGGUGUCGACGAUGAACUCGAAUCCCAGAAUAGAUCCAACACCGAGCAGCACACGAUGUUGGUUUCGACGCUGCAGAAAAACAUCACUGCACUUGUCAACGCAAGCCACGCAACAGGCCCAUAUUUCCUUGGAAGCGAAAUUGGGUACGUCGAUGUGGUCUUUGCGCCGUGGAUCAUCCGCCUGUCGCGCGUGCUCAGCUACUACCGCAAUUUCCCGCGCCCGGAGAUCGGUACCCGCUGGCGUCAGUGGGUAGAUGCGAUUGAGAGCGAUGAACGUGUACGUCGCACGGUCAGCGACGAGAACUCAUACCAUGGUGUCUAUCGUGGUGUUGGCGAGGAUGGCUGGGAUAGUCUGCGCGGCACGGGGAAUAAUGCCGACGGUGCAAGCGUAGUAGCGGCCAACAAGAAGACGAUUGUGGAGAUUGCAUAUGCUAAGCGGAUCGUCGCCCAAGAGGGAUUCGGCCUCGGUGGUGAUGUUUGGGGCCAUCUUGGUCUCCAGGAGGAUGAUGUCGUCAACGGUAUGACGAGUGCCUGA